UCAUUAAGCUGUUAAUUCAUAUUUGUUGCUGUCUUAUGUUCAAGUUCAACGCCGUGAAGUUAAAUCACAGCGUUGUUCCGCUUGUCAUGAAGGCAUGUGAGCAAGCAAAGUGACAUUCCACUCACUAUUGCAUCCUGACUCAGCUUACUACCUGUGCUCAGGUGUAUCACUUCUCUGUCACUCUGCACUCCAAGCUAUUACUGCUUCUUUUCAGGGAACUGAAGGUUGAUUUGUUUGACGCUUUGUUGCCGAAGGGGAACAAGCUUGUGCAAUGCCGAAGGGUGACACGUGGCAUGGUGGGGCUACCUUGGUGUCCUUGAACAAUAUGGAGAGCGCUGGGAGCUGCGACAGUGUGAUCAGUGUGACCUCGGGCUAUAGCGAGGACAGCCUGGAGCACUUAUCUGCAGAGGAGAUGGCAUGCCUCAUGUAUCUGGAGCAGACCAUCGAAGCCCUGGAAGUGCAGGAGGACAGCGGAAUAUCCAACGACGAACCGGACUCAGGACACCAGGCGAAGAAAACGGGUCGGAGUAAAGAAAUUGCCAGUUUAAACGUUGAAUCUGGAAUGAACCGGAGUUGUGAGACCCUGCCCCCACUGUUGGUUGACUUCCCGUCAGAGAAGUGGAGAACGCUGACCGGGGAAAAUUUAGAUGAGCAUCAUCUUCUCAGUCACACCUGUGAUGUAGACGUUGAGGCAGAAGCCCAUGAAGCCUCUGUGAACGCCACAACAGAAGACCGACUGGUGACUCCUGAUUCAGUGGCAAUUACAAGUUAUACUGAAGGCUCUCCUUUCAUUGACUUCUCUCCGGACACACUCACUUGCACGACCUCUAAAGUAAACGCAGCUCCGAUUCCCCCUCCGUCUGACUUCAUGGACAACACAGGACUCGGAAAGCCACUUGAUGUCUGUGUCAAAGCCCCCCCUCUCUCCAGUAGCAGCAAGUCAGUGUCCGUUGACUUGUUUUACCAAAGAGCCUUGGAGAAAAGAGCUCCUGGCAGAUCUCCUAAUAACCAGAAACCUGCAGAGAAGCACAUAACUGAAGCCAGUCUGAGUUCUCCUGCUCUGGAGUCUCUUCUCUCAGACACUGAAGGCCCAGAGGUUACUAAGCCAAAUAAGUUUUCUAUGAUAGUCACGCCAUCACCAGAAAUAAAAUCGCCCACUGGCAACAGUGACCUUGAGAGAAUCCACCUUGAGGCCCUUCAGAAGCUCGGGCUGCUUCAAGGUUACGUGACAGACCGUUCUCCUGAAACUCAAAAGCCACGGGCAGAUGUUCCAUCUCAAAGUAGUGUAAGUCCAUCCCCUUUAACACCAAGUUUGCUGAGUCUAUCCUCCUCAACACCAUCAUAUACUUCCAUAAGCCCCCUGUCUUCUGCCUCUGACGUUCCGCCUUCACCCGUCGCCUUCGGUCACUUUGCCAGGCAUCGCUUGUCACAACAUGAACAAUCUCCCGUCAAACAUGUUUUAAGGAAGCCUGUCGACGCUGAUAAGUUGAGAUCUUCUCCUCGAACUUCUUCAAACCUGGUCAAGCAGCUAAUCCAGGUCCCAAGUGGUCAGCCAGGUCCACAAUUGCGCACCAGCCACCGCCCAAGCCGACCCGUUUCUUACCAUGAAGGCAUCAGCGCCGAGCGGUGCCUCAGUAACGCCACCAGCGCUGACUUUCGGAGACACACGCCUUUCCAAACGGCCUUUGAGCAAUCCAAAAAGGUGGUGCGGCCGCAAGGCUUCAGCGUCAUGGUCCGCCCUCGGGAUGAAAAUGGAAUAGAAGCCCUAAAGAAGCUCAAACUGUUCAAGGACUGAUACUAACAAUACUACUCCUUACACAUCAUAUAACCAUACUGUAAAUACACACAAAUGACACUAUAUUUUUUUUACAUUUUUUUACUUGGACAAACAUGGUCACUUUGGUACAGUGUGGGCCUGAUCUACUAAAAGUUUGCGUGUAUUAAAAAAGACGUGCAAACUUGACAUUGCACACAAAGUUGACCUACUAAGCAGAGGAUAGCGUCUCUUUAGUUAGAAAAUUAGAGAACGCGAUCCAUUUAGCAUGUUUGUUCUAAUGUAAAUGCCUAUUAUCAGAUUAUAAUACUGGGACAAGGAGAUAAAAAGAUAGAAAUUUAGCACUCGCAAUGUGAUUUAUCAAGACUAGAACUGUUCUGCGACCGCUGUUUGCAUCUAUGUUUAGCACGUUUGAAAUGUGCUUGCAGACCAGCACAGGAUUGGCUGUGAGAAAGGAGCAAGAUCCUGGACAGAGAAUCCUCCGUCCUAUGUGUGUGUCAACAUAUUUGGACUGUCAUCAAUUAAUAAGAUAUUGGAAAGCUUGUCAAUAUAGCAAUAUAAUUUUACGGUUUCAUAGCUGCCGGUUGACAUAAGAGGCUGAUUAAAACAAAUUCAAUUGA